UAUAUCAAAGAAUGUUCACUAAAAUUUUAUGGUUUAUCCACUAAAGAUGUCCGCAGAGUUGCUUAUCAAAUGGCAGCUAUAAAUAAUAUUAAAGUCCCUGAUUGCUGGAACCGUGAAAAAAUGGCAGGGCAGGAAUGGUUACGGUCUUUCAGGUCCAGAACUCCAGAUAUUUGUUUAAAAAAACCAGAAGCAUGCAGCCUCGCUCGUGCAACCGCCUUUAAUAAACAUACAGUACAGUCAUUCUUUACUAAUCUCAAGCGUGCCAUGGAUCGACACGAAUCCUUUGGCAAUGGUUGCAGGGUCUAUAACUUAGACGAGACUGCAACUACAACUGUCCAAAAGCCCCAAAAAGUUCUAGCACCUAAAGGGAGGCAAAAUAUUUGUAAAAUAACAAGCGGUGAGAAAGGCACAUUAGUGACUACUUGUGCAAUCGUUUGUGCGUCUGGUCAAUGUUUACCUCCUGUCCUAAUAUUUCCGAGAAAGAACUUCAAGGAUUAUAUGUUAACAGGCGCUCCAACAGGUGCAUUAGGUCUGGCAUAUCCAACUGGUUGGAUGAAUGCAGAGUUAUUCCUUGAAGUUAUGAAACACUUCAUAAAACACACCUCUGCAAGCCCAGAAAACCCAGCGUUGUUACUAAUGGACAACCACGAAUCGCAUUUAAGCAUCGAGGCAUUAGAUUUGGCGAAACAAUCUGGUGUAACAGUUCUUACACUACACCCUCAUACAACAGCAAAGAUGCAGCCGCUUGAUGUGGGCUUAUAUGGUCCUUUUAAAGUUUUCUACAAUAGUGCCAUAGAUUCGUGGUUAAUGAGGAACCCCGGAAAACAGAUGACCAUUUAUAAUGUCGCUGAGUGCGUAGGACAAGCAUAUGUGAAAUCUAUGACACCAAUAAACAUUACCUCUGCAUUCAGAAAGUGUGGCAUAUUCCCAUUUGAUGCAAACAUUUUUACAGAUAUAGAUUUUAUGCCAUCGGAAGUCACAGAUAGACAAAUUUCUGAAAAGUCAUCACAACAGUUAGAUCAGAAAGAGAACGUUGCUAGUCCUUUAUCCGAUGCGACCUAUGUUGGAAGCCCCAAUUUAUUUGAAACAGGUCCAUUUGAACGCGAUGCUGAAAGCCCUUCUAUAUUAGAAACUAUGACUGCUGAACCCACCUUUAUGUCUGUCUCUGAACCGCAAGAACCUACAAAUCCUUAUCUUCGUGACGAUGUUAAAACUCCUGAACCUAACAAAUAUUCUUGUCUGAACUUUGAACUUACUAACAAUAAUUUUAUAUCACCUAAAGAAUUCAUGCCAGCUUUGAAAAUUGACAGACCUCGAGCUGGAGUACGCAAGCCUAGAAAACUAGGAAAAAGCAUGAUAGCUACAGAUACGCCCGAAAAGAACCAAAUAGACAAUGAAAAGAAAAAAGCAAAAGAAAGGAAAUCUGGGGCAAAAAAUAUGAAACGGCCAAAAAUAUAUGGUAAGAAAGUUAAAGUGGUAAAACAAAAAAGGAAAAUAGCAAAACUUGACUCUGAAACUAGUGAAGAUGGAGAAACAAUAAUAUCCUUGAGUGACAGAGAGAAUUCCGACAUAGAAGACGAAGAAGACGAGGAUUUCAUUAUGAUAAACGGAAAUUUUGAAAAAUUGAAGCGGAAGCCACAAGAGAAUGACUAUGUCUUGGUUUUGUUUAAGACGAAAAAAAUUAAAAUCUUUUAUGUUGGCAUAAUUAUAGAAAAAAUGGAUGAAACCACUUAUGUAGCAUCGUUUAUGAGGGUCAAAUCAAAAUUAAUAAUGAAAUUUUGUAUGCCUCUGGAACCUGAUCUAGCAGAGAUCAAAAUAGAUGAUAUAAAGAUGAUCCUUCCACUACCGAAAAUUAAUGGAACUAAAAGCAGAAAUUCAUUUUAUAUUUUUCCUGUCCGUAUGUCUCCAAAUUUAAACCUCCGUUAA